UUGGUUCAGAUUCCGUUUGUAGUCGGACACGCACUAGCCUUACGCACUAGCCGUACGCACAAGCCUCACGUACUAGCCUUACGCAAUAGCUUUACGCACUAGCGGGGCAUAAACCGGAGUGAGCAUGGAUCUGACGUGUCGGAGUGCUGUGAACAGGACUUGACAAUGAUGGAUGUCUGUAUGGAUAAGGAACUGUGCCAUGACACAGGGCAUCGUGGGUAGAGGAGUCAUGCAACAGCCAGGUGUGCUUCACCAUCUCCUCCUGGGCGGAGCCUUGCUGCUCCUGCUCGCCGCCUCGGCCCUAUGCUGCCCUGCCCGUUGCGACUGUUCUGCCCAUAGCAAAUCUGUCAGCUGCCAUCGCAAGCGCUUGCCCACUGCCCCUGAGGGUAUUCCGAUUGAGACUCGAGCCCUGGACCUCAGCAAAAACAAACUGCGGAGCAUAACUCCUGACAACUUCUCUUCCUUCCAGCAACUGGAGGACCUAGAUCUUAGCGACAACCUUAUCAGCACAGUAGAGCCCGGUUCCUUUCGAUUUCAGGUUGCGCUGCGCUUUCUUACAUUCCGCAAUAACUUGCUUCAGUUAAUUCCUUUUGGUGUGCUAUCAGGUCUAACUAACCUCACCCAUCUUGAUCUCAGCCACAACCGCCUGGUGGUUCUGUUGGACCAUGGCUUCCAUGAUCUGCGAAGACUGGCCUCCUUAGAGGUCGGUGACAAUGAGCUGGUGUUCAUUUCCCAACGGGCGUUCACUGGACUACAGGCACUCCGCACUUUAACACUGGAGCGUUCCAAUUUAACAGUAGUCCCAACGGAAGCCUUGACACACCUACACAGCCUGGUCAAUCUGCACAUGCUGCAUCUGAGCAUUGGUUUCCUGAAGCCGUAUUCCUUCAAGAGGCUCGGAAAUCUACGUCAUCUAGAAAUCGAUCACUGGCCCUGGCUGGAAACGGUGCCACCACUCUCGCUGAAUGGCCUCAACCUUACAACGCUUUCUAUCACCAACACCAAUCUGUCCACAUUCCCUGGUGUGGCGCUGCGCAACCUGCCAUAUCUCACACACGUCAACCUGUCCUACUGUCACAUCCAACACAUCCAGCAGGGGGAGCUUGGCCAACAUCCGCACCUGUUAGAACUACGGCUCCAAGGGGCCCAGCUGAUGCACAUUGAGCCAAUGGCCUUCACAGGUCUCAAGGCUCUGCAGCUUUUGGAUGUAUCUCAGAAUCAACUCGACUCAUUAGAAAGUAGUGUAUUUGCCUCAACCCACAGCCUCAGUAAGCUUUGUCUGGGCGGAAACCCAUUGGUAUGUGAUUGCCGUCUGCUGUGGUUGUUGAAUGAUCGCAAGCUCCCCUUCCUGCAGCUCCUAGACGCCCAGCCCGAAUGCACUGCCCCUGAGCGACUGAUAGGAAAACUCCUGCGUGAUCUAAAGGAACCGCUGGUGUCGAGAUACGUCACCUGCACCAGGCCUCGGAUUGGACCAAACAUCACACAGCUGCUCAUGGCAGAUGAGGGGCAGCCUGCCCAUUUAAGCUGUGUUGCAGAAGGAGCCCCCCGUCCGUCUGUGGUAUGGGUCACACCGCAUAGACGCCACAUUACAGUCAAAAGCAGUGGCAGGGUUGAAGUUCAAGCAAACGGUACACUAGAGAUCAAGGCGGCAGAGUUGCAUGACAGUGGAUUAUAUCAUUGCAUUGCCAGUAAUGCUGCAGGAAAUGCCAGCCUGUCUGCUUCUUUGGCAGUGAGGAGCUCAGGCAUAAGCGAUAGAUGGCUUUAUAACAACAGGAGUUCAAACUAUCUGACAGACUCCAACACUACCUGGGGAAACGAAACAGUACUGUAUAACAUGACAUUCCCCAUAGACCUGAAAACCAUUAUUAUAUCUACAGCCAUGGGCUGCUUGUCCUUUCUUGGUGUUGUCAUCUUCUGCUUCCUCCUGCUGUUCGCUUGGAGCAGAGGUAAAGGUCGCCACAGAAGCAACUUCGACAUUGAGUACGUCCCACGGAAAUCCAAUGGGAACUCAACGGAGGUGAUAGAAACAAGCGGACCUCGGCGUGUCAACAUGAAAAUGAUUUAAUCAAAGAAAAGUGAACCAAUUCUCAACAUGCAACAUGAAAAACAUAGCACACACAUUUCUGCCAAAAAGUUAGUUUUCUAUAGGAUCCAGUGGAUUUGUUAAAAAAAUGAAAAGUGAUGUACUAAUAUAGUGGCUGUCAAUAUGAAGGUGAAUUAGUGGUAAAGUGCACAUGUGAAUAUCAAACUGACCUGAACUUGUGGAUGUGUUAAUAAUGUUGUCAUAAAGUACACUUAAUAUUAUCCUAUAACCAACAUAUCAAUAUGGGAAUCAUAAUGCUGCACUAGGCAUGUAUUUUUGUGGUGAUGUGAUGAGUAAUGAUGUUGUUGACUCCAGAUUACAUCAAUGUGAAGUUAGAGAGUCAGUUGCAGUGGGGUCGGCAGGAGAUGUAUCAUUAUUGCCUCUUCAGGCCCAAUUGUCUUAGCUGCAGUACGAAAGCCCUGUGUGUGGGUGUGUGUGCCUUUCGAAUCUGUGUUCAAGGUUGUCUGGUUAUCGCGUUUGUUGGUGUGUGGCAUUUGUGCGUGUUUCUAUGUGCAUGUGCACGCAUUGCCUUUCUAAUUGGGAGGCAAUUUAACAGGGCAAUUAUAAAGGAUAAUAGGGUCUGAAAACUAUUUUCCAAGCCUUUGGUUUUAGGCCCUUUAUUGUAACAACAGAAUUGUAAUUGUUGAAAACAAUACUGCUGCUUGAAUUACAAACGACAACAUUUGUUUCCUUGGAGUGAAUACAGAAAGUAAUCAAUUAUCCAAAUUCUUUCAUAUUUAAAAUAUGAAAUGUUUUUACUAUUAGCCCACACCUACAGUCCUAGACCAAUGUGACGCUAUUUUGGUGUUACAGAAAUGCAACAUUAACCCCAAUUUUAUAUAAAAGAUAAUAAUUACAUAAAAAUCAAAAUAAUAAUAAGAUACAAGCAGAUUUUCUUGUCAGCUAUGUCACUACACCAUAUAAAAACCCUCAGUGGGUGGAAAAGCGCAAUGUUUAAAAUGUACCGGAUUUAUCCCAUCUUCAACCAGUUCCUUUUGAAGCUAGCUCCUUUAAGCUUCUCUGUAGACCCUCAUCGAGGGAGGUGGGCUAUUUUAAUAUAUGACAUUUGAAACACGUACUUAAUUAUUCUUGUAUCGUUUAGGUUUUCUGUUUUAAUGUUAAUAAAUUAUGAAUAUAAUUAUUUGUAAUGCCGGGACAUGGGUGUCAAGAUGUGAUUAUAUUGUGAUAAAAUGUUGAAGGUUGUAUACAUGUUUUCAUAUGACAAAUCAAUGGGUAUAUUUUCAAAAGGAAAUAAAUCAUACCUAUA